AUGUCCAGAAGCUUCAUCAGGCCUCAUUUUGAUCAAUCUAUAGCUGCACAGAUUCGUGACAAACAUUUUCGGUGUUAUUAUACUACCGAAAAUCCUCUGCGCUCUAUUAAAAAGAGGCAAUCAACAAUAGAUGAUUAUUUUGUGAAGGUAGAAGGUCUUUGUCAGCCGGCGAGCAGUCCGCCUCCUGCCGACGACUUCCUCAACUCUGACAGCCGAGCAUCGAGUCCCCUCUCGCCGAGCGCUGUCGCCGACGACAAUCCCGUUCCCCAUGCACCGAGUGGCGCGACCGUCGGCUGCGGUGGGGGCUCCGCGGGCAACGGCAGCAACGGUGACAGCGACGCUAAGAAGGGAAAGAACAAUCGGCGAAAGAAAAAAACUCGCACAGUCUUCACCCGCAGUCAAGUUUUCCAGCUCGAGUCGACUUUCGACAUGAAGCGUUACCUAUCGAGCUCCGAACGGGCUGGUCUGGCUGCGUCUUUGCACCUCACGGAGACACAGGUCAAGAUUUGGUUCCAGAACCGUCGCAACAAGUGGAAGCGACAACUAGCUGCCGAGCUGGAAGCAGCCAACAUGGCCCACGCCCAGCGGAUGGUACGGGUACCUAUACUGUACCAUGAUACAGGUUCCUCCUCGGUGGCAGCCUCGGAGAACUCAUCGCUCACCGUGGCAACAUAUCCGUCACUUUACUACCACCACGCCUCCUAUGCCAACAGCCAGGGAGGGGCCCGAGCUCCCCUCCCUAGCCUAGUCUGA